CCUUUCCAUACGUCAUGACUGUGUUACUCGGUUGGGCAGUUCAAUGGCGGUCAGCAAUUUUCAUUUAAGUAUAUAAAUAUAUGAUCAAAUUGAGAGCAAUGGAAACUUCAUCCAUCAGUACCCCAGUAAAAACAUUGAAAUGUUGCUGGACUUGCAAUAAAAAUCCCACUGGGCAUGUCCGAAGUUCAAGGAAUGUUGCAAUGCGUUCUGUAUAUAAAUCCAUGCUCGAGAUAUUUAAUGUCCCAUUAGGAAACAUUGAGAAUGUACACAUUUGUGAUAAGUGUUUACACAUAAUGCAAAAAGUUUUAUCUAUGCGUGAUGAAUUGGUAAAGAAUGUAGAUUUGUCCAAAGAACAUGAAAGAAUAAAACGUAUAAUAACUCAUUCUGUAUCACCAGCUGUGAAAAAACUGAAGGAUCUCACAAAUAAAAGUAUUACUGGUACUGGUGUAAAGUCACGCAGGAAGCAGCUUUUUUCAAAUGAUAAAAAUUUCCAAAGUCCUGUGCAAGUGCAAGAAUACAGUCAAAGUUCUUCAGUGCCAGCAGAACUAAGUGAUCAUAGUUAUAUUACAGCAAACCGGGACUUGGCUGUUAGUGAAAUCUAUAAAGAACAUAAAGCAAAAUUGGUCAAAGUCAAUGAAAUUACUCUACAUGAUAAAGAGCACCAGCUGUUAAAGAAUUUUUUAGACAAUUCAAAUAUCCAUGGCAUGAUUUUAGUGUUACUUAAAGUACCUGCUGUGAAAGAGAGAAUAUGGCAGAUGAUUAUUUGCGAUGUAUCAUCAGAAUUGGAUCUUCUAAGUGGCACAAAAGAGCCAAGUAUACUUAGAUCCAAAGUAACAGAGGUAGAGGCAGAUAAGUUUUUCCCAAGCAUUCUUAAGGAAAUGCAUGAGAGGUGUCCCCAUACAUUGGAUUUUCUACUUGUUUUAAGCUGUCCUCUCCAUUUAAACAUGUCUUUUGACAGCCGGGUAAUUACUGCAUUGUAUUCAAUGGCAAUGUACUGUAGGAACAACCAUCUGGCUGCCUUACAAAAAAUUGUUGCAGCAGCAUGUGUCAGAUACAACUCUGGAAAUGGGUUACUUCAUCUUCUGAACACACUUGGAAUUUGCAUUCCUGAAAAAUCCAAACUGCCCAUGCUUGAGCAGAUAGGACAAGUUAAUGGCAAGGAGGUGGUGAAUGCUUUGAAAAAUGGUGCAUCACUCAAAAUAACAGUGGACAACAUAGAUGGCAGAAUAAAGGCUUAUCAGGUUCGAAUUGGAAGUGGCAACAGAGACUUCCAUUAUACUCACUGGUCAGUGAUUAUCGACCGACUAUUACCUAUAGAUCUGCCAGAUUUAAAUCAGGAGCCAAAAGUAUUGACAGUUAAUGGACCAGAUCCCAGUAAAUUUUAUUUGAACACAGAGGAGCACAAAGCACUCAGGGACACUUUCACAUGGCUUAUUGAGAGGAUACUUGUAGAAGAAUUUCCUGCUUUUUCAUCUCUAACUGUUCCAGCAGUUCUAGAUCACAAAUACAGAGACAUUGUCGACAGACCAAGUCAAGUUUUUCCUAUGUUUAAAAUUAUUAAGAAGUUCUACAGCACAGAAAGUUCAAGAGAAGUUGGAUCCCUUGCGCAUUACAGGGCAGUUCUUCAUCGUACAAAUGUGAAUGGACAGGUUAAGUCGGGUGGAUAUGAAGCUCACAAAGACUUCGUUUUCACAGUUGCAAGGGCCAUGGUGGUUGAGCUGGCCUUAGAAACAUUUGGAGCCGACACCAAAGCAGACAUGGAGCAAAAUGUACCACAGCGCAUAAAAUUCUGGUCACAAAAAAAGAAACAAAAGUGGUUAGAUGACAAAGUUAAGUCCAUUGUGGAUUUAGUGUUCAGGGAAAUCAAACCGAGAAAAGAUGUCAGAAUUUUCAUAAAUCACAGAGGAACAACAUAUGCUGCGAAUAUUCCUGCUUCACAUGUUGGACAGACAGUCAGCAUACCAAUAAAUGGUGAAACACUACAAAUUGAAGUGCCAUUGCCAGUUGAUGGACCCUUGGACCCACAAGAGGAUGAUGUAUACAAAUACAGCCUCAGUUUCUUAAGAGUUGCCUUGGACUUCAUGUUGUUGUACCAUGUCAUCAAGUCUGGAGACAUAGACACACUAACAUUGCUCCUUAAAAGGUUUAUAGCACUGUUUGUGGCACUUACCUCUUACAAAUCAAAAUAUGCCAUUGAGUGUAUUAACACUUUGACAAAAACUGAAUUUGUUUUAUCGGAAUACGAAAGCAUACGUGUAAAGCUAGGACUGCUGGUGAAUAGCAAAGGCAAGCCUGCUGGUAACAAACCAGCAGACAUGCAGCAGGAGAACAAUAUUAAACUUGUAAAAAAUGUAAUCAGAGGAUUAGGUGCAGGUAAAACUGAUAAAGCCAUGGAAAGGUCUUCGAAAGCAGGACCUGCUGUUAGCCAGCUGGUAAAUGGUCUUGACAAAAGUGUUCACAGCAAACUGAAAGACAGACACUCUAAAAAGUCUCUAGAAGAUGACAUGACUGUGCUGCAUGAUAGAAUGAGGGUUCUAAGACCUUUCCAGGUGCAUGCAGACAGACUACUACCUUCAUUUCAUGCUGUGUCAUCAAAUGUUGUUAGUGUUAUCAAUAAGGUAAAAUUAGACGACUUUAUAAAAAGACACAGUUCACGAGCAAUAUCUAAAAUUUAUCUUGAACAGGAGGAAGAAAAUGUUGAUGAUUAAUCAGGCAUACAGAAAAAUAUGAUGAACACCCUAAAAUCUAAGUUGCUUUAAGCUCAACUAUUCAAAGUAGAGCUAUUGCACAUACCUAUGUGUCGGUGUCUACAUUUGCAUUGGCGUCCAUAUUUGGUUAAGCAUUAGUAUGUAAGCUGGUAUCUCAGUAACAACUAAUGGGAACGGAUUGAAACUUCAUACACUUAUUCACUGUAAGUAUGAUAAUCCGACUUACAAUGCACUGGUUCCAUAACUCUGUUCUUUUUUUUUUUACAAAAUUAUGCCCACUUUUCGACUAAGAAUUUGGUGAAGGUUGUACAUGUAAGCUGGUGAAUGGGAAUGGAUUGAAACUUCACACAAUUGUCCAUUCUCAUGAGCUGAUAUGCAUUUACCGGUCCCAUAACCUUAUUUUACAAAAUUAUGCCCCUUUUUCAACUUUAAUAUUCAUUCAGUUGACAAGGCUGUUGAAUAGUAGAGUGCUGCUGUCCACCGACAGCUCUUGUUUUCAGUGUUCCUUAGUGAAUUGUGGUUUGUUUUCCAGACUGGCUUAUUUCCAGUUUAUGCUACAUGUUACCUUUUUGUUGAUAACUUUAAAAUGCAUCCAUCUUGAAAUAAAAAAAAUAAAUUAUAUUGUUGUGUUUCAGAUGCAUACAUAUAUGAUGUUUUAUGACAUUUCAGAACAUUGUAAUUUUUCAAUGUAACUUCAUUCCAAAUAAAAUUGUUAAUUUCAAAUAUUGUAGUCAUUCUACAGAUAAACUUUCUGCCAAGUUGAAACACAAGCCGCUUUCAGUUUAACUUUUACUAUUUUCUCUGCAUAAAAUAGUUGUUUAUUUCUAAGCUGGGUGUGGAAAAAAAUGUAUAAUGAAAAAAGUACUGGUGAUAUUAGUAUUUGUAGAAAUGAAAUGAGCCACACCAUGAGAAAACUAACAAGUUGGCUUGGAACCAGCAUGAAUCCAGACCAGUAAUCAUAACUGAAACCUGAUAAAUUAUAGCAUAAUAUGUUUUAACAAUUCAAUUACAUGUACCAAGUAAAAGAAUAAGACAUAACUACCAUUUUGCAAAUAUUUGAGCCACGCCAUGAGAAAAUCAACAUAGUGGCUUUGUGACCAGCAUGGAUCCAGAUCAGUCUGCGCAUCCACACAGUCUGGUCAGGAUUCAUACUUUUCGCUGUCGAAGCCUAUUGCAAUUAUAGAAACCGUCGGCGAUCAGCAUGGAUCCUUACCUGACAGUGUGGAUGUGCAGAUUGGUCUGGAUCCAUGCUGGUCGCAAAGCAGCUAUGCUGAUUUUCUCAUGGCGCGUCUCAAAUAUUUGCAAAGUGGUAGUUAUGUCUUAUUCUUUUACUUGGUACAUGUAAUUGAAUUGUUAAAACAUAUUGUGUUAUAAUUUAUCAGCUUUCAGUUACAAUGGCACAGUUGUUUUUGUAAUUUAAUAGAUCUAUGCAAGACAAAUGUAGAUAUGGUACUAGUAUGCCUUUUUCUUGUAUUUUGUGUGUACUCAAAUUGAUGCAUAGUUUGUUUCUUAAACAUAAUGCUGGAAGCAAGUGAUAUUAAGCUCGACUAUUCGAAGAAUAGGGGAGCUAUCCUACUCGUCCUGGCGUCGGCGUGAACGUCACACAAAUGUUAAAGUUUGCGUACCACCCCAAAUAUUUUCAAAAUUACUGAGAUAUUGCUAUGAUAUUUUGCAUACUUGUUUACCAUCAUGACCCCAGUCUGUAAAAGGAGGAGGCAACUCUAUCAAGCAUUUUGACUGAAUAUGGCCCCUUUUUGACUUUGAAAGUCCAUUGAGGUAUUGCUUUGAUAUUUUGCAUACUUCUUUACCAUCAUGACCCCAGUCUGUAAAAAGGAGGAGGCAACUCUAUCAAGCAUUUUGACUGAAUUAUGGCCCCUUUUCGAUUUAGACUAUGCUUACUGUAAUGUUAAGGUUUUACUCAUUGCUUAUAUUAUACUAUCAAGCACUGGGAAUAGUCGAGCACGCUGUCCACUCACAGCUCUUGUUUAUUCCUCUAGGUUGCAUUCUUCACUUCAAAAUGAUCUUUUUGAUAUUUUAUUGAUUACUAAGAAGUUUUAAUUGUAUUGUAUUGACGUUUUGUGUGUUUUGAUUUAGUGUAUUCGUUUCACGUUUUAACCAUUUCAGUAAUAUUGUAAAUGAAUAAAAAGAUUGGAUUUAAUGUAUGAAUAUAAUUAUAUACCAUGUAUAUGUAAAAAAUAAAAAUGGAAUUU